CACCAACCUCACUCUGGUUGAAUGUGCCAAUCUUCAUCCCAUCUUGACACUCUGACCUCAUCAUAACGACUACCCGGAUCCAAGUACAGACUGAAGACUAGACGGAUUUUGACCAGAUGAAGUCCGUUACUACAAGGCCGCUGCUUGCAGCGCUGGCUGGCGCCGCAGUUUUGGGACUGCUCGUUCCGACCGCCCUUGCGCACGGCGGUGGUGAGGGCGGCCAUGGUGGCCACGGGGGCAUGGAAAUGACUGAUGCCGACAAGCCCCGGCCGGAGGAAGAGUACCCUCUCACAUACUUUGCCCAUCCCGAUCACAAGACCGCCAUCUACGCACACAUCGCCCUGAUGGUCCUUGCCUGGGUUUUCAUGCUCCCAGUUGGUGUCAUGCUCUCUAUUGCCCGUUCGCGGUAUAGGCUCCUGGCCCAAUUCGCUUUUCUCGUUACCAAUGUCGGCGGCAUGCUCGUUGGUAUCGUCUACAACGCCAGCACGCCGGAUCUGUAUCCUAACAAUGCCCACCACAAGCUCGGAUGGGUUGUCACCUGGCUCGUUGGGGCCCAGUUCGUCAUUGGUCUUUUGGCGAGCGUUGCAGGCGUGUUCAAGAAGAAGCAAUCAGACGGUAGCAGCAGGGAGCGCCAGGGUUUCAUGCCCGUUUCGACCCAGGCCAUGGAGGAGCAUAACAGCCACAUCAAGCCCGCCGAUAACGACGACUACCGAUUCUCCAACGACAGUGGCCAGGGAACUGAGCCUUCCAGCGAUGCUCUGCGGAGUUCCUCCCGUUCGUCUAGCCCCGGUGACGUUUCCCGGCAGCCACUCGCUCUUCACGAUGUCGACCUGCAUACCAAGGAGUAUGAUGACGGCGAUGACUCCUACGAUGUCGACUCCCACAGCGGCAGCGAGCCUCUUGGACCCAUGCUUCCUGCUUCCGGCAAGGCCGUCUCCACCAUUCAGAAGAUUGCCGGCAAGAUUUCUGAGAGAUUCUGGAAGGUUUUGAUCCUUGCUUACAACGUGGUCGACCGGGCCAUCUUGCCCCUGGGUUUCGUUGCGUUGUGCACAGGUAUCGUGACCUAUGGUCGUUUCUUUGAGGGCGCCGGUAUUUUCAAUGGUCUUGCUCACUGGAUCAAGGGCGGCAUCUUCUUCUGGUUGGGUAUUUUUACGCUCGGACGUUGGGCCGGCUGCUUCGGGGAAGUUGGUUGGGCUUGGAACGUGCGCCCCAAGCAGACCGGCCAGAAAUGGCGACCCUCUGCCGAGUUUGUCGAGAGUGCCUUGAUUUUCACCUACGGCGCCACCAACAUCUUCUUGGAGCAUCUCGGCCACUGGGGCGGCGCAUGGUCGGCUUCGGAUCUCGAGCACUUCUCCAUCACUGUUCUCUUCAUCGGCGGUGGCCUGUGCGGCAUGCUCAUCGAAUCGGUUCGCAUCCGCGACUUGCUCAACACCACCGUCACCGACGCCGCCGGCGUCUCCGAGGAACCCCGCCAGCAGCACCACUUCCAUGACGUGGAAGUCGAGGACUCCGACCGCCGCGAGCCCGAAACCUACUCCUUCAGCAUAAACCCCAUCCCGGCCCUGGUCAUCCUCCUCUUGGGAAUCAUGAUGUCCUCGCACACGCAGGACAGCAUGAUCUCCAGCAUGGUGCACAAGCAGUGGGGCAACCUGCUUACCGGCGCCUCCUUCGCGCGCGGUUUUACUUAUGUAAUCACCUACCUCAAGCCCCCGCGCUCCGUGUACCCUUCGCGCCCGCCGACGGAGCUCCUCGCGGCUUUCGGUUUGAUUAGUGGCGGCAUCAUCUUCAUGGCCAGCGCGAGCGACACCGUCAGCGGCAUGAUCCACUACCAGCUCGAUGCCAUGUUCAUGUACACCGUUACUAUGGGCUUGGUUGGGCUGCUGAUGGCGUGGGUGAUUUUGUGUAUUGCGCUCAAGGGCUGGGCUGUUCGCAAGGAGACGGGGCGGUAUCGCAAAUGAAAGGGGUUCGUUCGGGCUUGUUUCAUGCGACACAAAUUCUCUUCUUCUGAGAACACCGCCCGCGCACUCCGCUUCGAUGCGGUGCGAUAUACAGCCUUGCCAGUAGGGUGACUUGGUCGGACCAUUGGGACCU